GAGCCUGUGUGUCUUUCAGGUGUGAUGUUUCAUGUGAGUGAAGAGCAUUACAUAGAUGCUACUUAUGGGCAAGAAGUUACCCUUCCUUGCCAAGUUGAUAGCGUUAACCCAAGCGUUCCAGUGAUCUGGAAAUAUAAAUCAGAAGAAAUAAUUAAAUAUCAGCGUGGACAUCUUUUAAAAGGUUCCUCAUCAUCAUCAGCAACAUACUCAUUAAAGAAUGCAGAUAAAGGGGAUUACUCUUUAACUAUGAGAAAUGGAAAGGAAGGACAGUAUACAUGUGAAGCACAUGGGAAAAUAAAAACUACUAAUCUUAACUUGUGGAGCGUAAAAGGACCUUCAGAUGAAUACCUCCUGGAGGGUGACAUUACACAACUGGAACUGUCUUCCUCGGACACGUCUACCCAGGUUGAGUGGUUUGGCCCCAACAAGUCAAAAAUAACGAAUAAAAAAGCACGAUGGACUCUACAAAAUAAAGAUCGGAGGCUGCAGAUAAAGGACCUUAAAGCUCAGGAGGACCAAGGGACCUGGGAAUGUUUCAUUAGUCGUAGUGGGCUUCGCAUCACCCAUGAUGUCAAAGUGAUAGGUUUUGCUAAUUCACUGGAUGGAGAUACGAGGUAUGCAGCUGUUAAUAGCACAGUUGUCCUUUCAUGUGAAUUGAACAUUGACUUCCAAGAGAUUCCAAAGAACAUUCUAAAAAACCCAAUUUUAAGAUGGACGAAGGAUAACAAGACCAUUGUGGAGGUUGACUUAAACAAUUUCAACAGUUCCCUACUUCAGCAAACGAUAGACAAGGUCCAGUCUGAGCAUGCUGGAGAGUACAAGUGCAGUAUUGCAUUUACACGGAGGAAACUGAGUAAGACCACCCGCUUGGUAGUGAUGAAAGUUUCUGCUGACCGCCCUAGACUGGAUUCCAAAGAAAAUGUGAGCCUCUGCUGUCAUGUCUCUGCUCCUGAUCUUUCUAAGGCUCAGCUGUGCUGGAAUAAUAGGCGUGACUCGCCCAAAUGUGAAACUCAUCUUCCAGAGGGCAAAUUUUGUUAUGAGACCAGAAGUGCAGGGGAGUGGAAGUGCAGCCUCAUGGUGCAGGGUGAAGAGAAGCUCAGUAUGAUCUACUUUGUGGAUGAGGCCUCAACUGUGUCCAAUUCAUUCCCACUGACUUACAUAGCCAUUGGAGCUGGUGUGAUGUUGCUGCUGUUGAUCAUCAUAGGAGUGUGUGUGUUCAGUUGCAAAACUGUUAAACAGAAAAGGCAAAGAGCAAGGAGGAUGGCUCAGGCCAGGCAGCACCUGCUUGAAAAGAAGACUUGCCAGUGUCAUAAGUACGUACCAGAGCACUCAGCAGAUACCCUGCAUUGACUUAAAGGCAGACCCUUUGUCACUUAUUUUUCCAAGUCUUCCUCAAGGAAAGGGGACUAGGAGUCAACAAGACCAACUGAUGUCACUUGUUAU